AUGAUUGAUCCAAUAUUAGUUUGGAACAUUAGGGGUGUUGGUACCUCAAAAGGCAGACUAAAAACGUUGAUUAGUAAGUGGAGGCCGAAAAUUGUUGCUUUGUUGGAACAUUUUCAAAAUAUUGAUGUUGCUAAGCGUUUGGGUCGUGGUUUGAGGUUUGAUAAUUUUAUUUCAAAUGAGGCAGAGGGUGGUAAAAUAUGGAUUUUCGGGGAUAGUAUUAUUGAGGCUAGAUUAGUUCGAAUGGGAAGGCAAUUUAUCUCUCUCAAAGUGGGCGAAGGUGCUGAAAUCUUUUUGCUUACGAUCAUUUAUGCUAAAUUUACCAUGGUGGAACCACGUAGUUUAUGGGAUGCUCUGAGUUUUCAGACUCUGGAUUCUGAACCUUGUAUUUUUGUGGGUGACUUCAAUAUUAUUCAGAAUGAUUCCGAGCGUCGAAGAGGGGGGUUGAUUGAAAUGAACUCGAAGGGGAAUAUGUUUUCCUGGUGUAAUGGCCAAUAUGGUCUUGCUCACUCUUGGGCAAGGUUGGAUCAUGCUCUGAUGAAUGCCUCUUUUCUCUCGAUAUUUUCUAAUGCUAUAUGUUCUUAUUUGCCUCGUUCUACUUCGGAUCAUGCCCCUAUGAUGAUAGAGUUGAAGAAAGACCCUUGUCCUUAUGGUCCUUCCCCUUUUCAUUUUCAACAAAUGUGGGUUGAUCAUCAUAAUUUUCUGGAUUGUGUUCGGCAAGCUUGGUCCAUUCGGGUUGAUGGAACGGCUAUUCAGAAGUUGGUUAUCAAGUUGAAACAGACUAAAGUGGCUUUGCAGGCUUGGAAUAGACGGGUGUUUCGUUACACUUUGGAACGGAUUUCUACCCUUGAAAAUCAAAGUGAGGAGCUUGAACUUCAGUCUCAAUUAAAUUGGGAUGCUAAUCUUGAUAAUGAUUUACAGAUGGACAAUGCUGAUUUGGCAAUGUCGCCUCAUCAAGAAGAAAUAUGUUUAAGACAAAUGGCAAAAAUAAAAUGGGCAACGGAGGGUGACCAGAAUACCAAGUUCUUUCAUGUUUGUCUUGCCUUAAAGAGAAGUAAGCGGGUUCUUAGUAUGCGGUCGAAUGAUGCAGUGUUUGAGUCUCCAGAAAGCAUCUAUCAAGGUGCAGUUGAUUAUUUUUCUUCUUUUUUACAAGGUGAGCCGACUUCUGAGCACCCUAAUCUUGAUGGUCUUAUUGAUCCGGUUAUUUCUGAUGAGGAUAAUGCCUCUUUGCUUUGUGCUCCUUCAUUGGAGGAAGUUUAUACUGCCUUGUUAUCUAUUCCAGUUAACAGUGCUCCGGGUCCUGAUGGUUUUGGGUCUGGUUUUUAUAAAAGUUGCUGGGAAGUGGUCAAAAAUGAUUUGUGGAAAGUAAUGUUGGAAUUCUUUGACUCAAAAUCCCUUCCGAAGUUUUUUACUGCUUCCUUUUUGGUGCUAAUCCCCAAAGUGGACUCUCCAACAGGUUUUGAUAAGUUUCGUCCCAUCAGUCUUUGUUCGAUUCCUCAAGUUGUCAUAAAUAAGAUUCAUCAAAUGAUGAGUUCGUUCUUUUGGGGCGAGUUGAAUGGGAAGGAUAAGAAAAAAUGGGUAGCCUGGAAACAUAUGGGUAAGCCUGUGGCAGAAGGCAGUAUUGGGGUGAGGCUUCUCCACGAGGUUCAGACAGCCUUGCACAUGAGGUUUGCCUGA